GCUCGUCCAGGAAGGAGAUCACGGAGCACUGGGAUUGGCUUGAGUCAAAACUGCUGCAGACCAUCUCCAUCUUUGACAACGACGAAGACGUCACCACCUUCGUCAAGGGAAAGAUCUCAGGCAUCAUCGCAGAGGAGAACCGGCUGAAGCAGGGCGAGGAGCAGGAGGAGGAUUGUGGGAAGUUUCGGGAGGCGGAGCUGAAGAUGAGGAGGCUGUUUGGGAUGCCGGAGGAAGAGAAGCUGGUCAACUAUUACUCCUGCAGCUUCUGGAAGGGAAGGGUGCCGCGGCAGGGCUGGCUCUACCUGUCCGUCAACCACCUGUGCUUCUACUCCUUCCUGUUGGGCAAGGAGGGUACGGCCGGCCAAUCACAG